AUGAUUGCUCUGGAGAGGGUCAACGGGACGUGGCUGGUGACCGAGUUUGUGCUGGUGGGAUUCUCCAACCUCCCACACCUGAGGACCACGCUGUUCGCGCUGUUCCUCCUCGCCUACCUGGUCACCCUCAGCGGCAAUUUCACCAUCGUCACCAUCAUCCACGCGGACCGCUCCCUGCACACGCCCAUGUACCGCUUCCUGGCGGCACUGUCCCUGUCGGAGACGUGCUACACGCUGGUCAUCAUGCCCAACAUGCUGGCCCACCUGCUGAUGGACAGUCAGGCCAUGUCCAUCGCAGGCUGCCGGGCCCAGAUGUUCUUCUUCCUGGGUUUGGGCUGCAGCCACUGCUUCCUCCUCACCCUGAUGGGCCACGACAGGUACGUGGCCAUCUGCCACCCGCUGCGCUACCCCGUGAUCAUGAGACCCGCCGUGUGCCUGGGGCUGGGAGGCCUGGUCUUCCUCUCCGGCUUCUCGGUGGCCACGGUCGAGACGGGUCUCGUCUUCUCGGGGCCCUUCUGCGGCGCGGACCGCGUGGAGCACUUCUUCUGCGACAUCGCCCCGGUGCUGAGGCUGCGCUGCGCCCCGAGCGCGCGCGCGGCGGCGCUGGGCAUCUUCUUCCUGAGCGUGCUGGUGGUCCUCGUCUCCUUCCUCCUCAUCCUCCUCUCCUACGCCUUCAUCGCGGCCGCCGUCGCGCGCAUCCCCACCGCCGCCGGCCGCCGCAAGGCCUGCUCCACCUGCGCCGCCCACCUCACCGUGGUCGCCGUGCACUUCGGCUGCGCCUCCGUCAUCUACCUGCGGCCCGACUCGGCCACGAACCCGGACCGCGACCGCCUGGUGGCCGUGUGCUACACGGUGGUCACGCCGCUGCUCAACCCCGUGGUGUACACGCUGCGCAACCAGGAGGUGAGGGCGGCGCUGCGCAGGAACCUGGGGCGCUGCUGCGGGGGCCUCCAGAUAAGCGCCCGCAGGUUUGGAGGGGGGCCGCUCCCCAGGAACGUUGCUUAG